AUGACCGUGAAUGGAAAUGUUGCGCCCCAAGGCGGGAACGGGGCAGCUACAGGUACUCAGAGAGAAGAGGGGCUUCUGCACUGCCUCCGGAAGGGCCAGGCGCCGCGGGACGGCGGGGGCCAACGCCAGGGGGCGAGGUCCGUGUUCCGUCGCAAGCGUUACCAGCCACUGCCUGACCUCGGACAUUUCUCGCACCUCUUCGGUUGCCUGUCCUCAAGGCCAUGGCGCAUCGCAGUGCUGGUCCCCGCCAUCUGCCUCGUCCACACGGCCGCCUGCGCGGGCAACGCCCUCCUGAUCCCCCUCAUCUGGCUGGACUCCCAGCUGCACACGCCCACGUACCUCCUGCUCGGGCAGCUCUCCGUGAUGGAUCUGACUCUGGCCUCCUCCAUCAUCCCCAAGAUGCUCGCCGACCUCUUCUCUGGACGUCGGAGCAUCUCGCUCCUGGCUUGUGGGGCCCAGAUUUUCUUCUCCCUGACCAUAGCCAUCGCAGAAUGCAUCCUUAUAACGUUCAUGUGCUUCGACCGCUACGUGGCCAUCUGUAACCCCCUGCGCUACGCAGCCAUAGUGAGCCCCAGAGUCUGUCUGCAGAUGGCUGCCGCGGCCUGGGCUGGAGGGGCGCUCACAUCCCUGGGCCACACAGCCUUCACCUUGCACUUGCACGUCUGCAGCCCCAGAGAGAUCCCCCACUUCUUCUGCGAGGUCAUGGCCGUGCUCAGGAUAGCCUGUGAGGACAUCUCUGCCUAUGAGAAGGCUGUGGUGGUGACAAGCAUCCUGGUGCUGCUGCUGCCCCUGUCACUCAUCCUGUCCUCCUACGUGGUUAUCUUCCUGACUGUGCUCCGUAUGCGCUCCCCAGAGGCCCGCAGCAAGGCGCUGGCCACCUGCUCCUCUCACCUCUGCGUUGUGGGGCUCUAUUUUGGUCCUGGGAUGUUUAUCUACAUGAGACCUGGCUCUGCCAAGACCCCAAAGCUGAAUCAGGGUCUGUUUCUGUUUGGAACCGUGCUGACCCCUUUCCUGAACCCACUUGCCUACAGUUUCAGGAACAAGGAAGUUCUUGGUUCGCUGAGAAAGAUGGUGAGCCAGUGUCGUGACAGAAUUAUCAUUGUGAGCUGA